CUUCCACCUUUGCUUCAUCCCCAGUAGAGGAGCAGAAUGAACUUGCUGUGUUACCUGUUUAAAGGCGCCGCCGGCUGAGAGGGAGAAGCCUGGAGGUAGAGCUGAAAGUUUGAAAGACAGUUUAUUUAAAUAAAAUAGGCGGAACUAUGCGAGUUUAAUCCAGAAAUGAGUCUCCGGGGAGUGGAUUAGAUCCCAUUACGAGGAGAGCGCGCGCUAGUAAGGAUGCGGAAACAACAACAGAAGCGGGCAAAGUCCGGAUUGUGAUCCAUAUGGGAUGCGAACAUGAUUGACGCGAGGCAUGCAGUGUCUCCAGGGAACCGUGAACAUGUUUAGACUCGGACGGCCUGAAAGUUUUCCGCGCGGGACAGUGCCAGUUCUAUGAUUCUCACACCACUCAUCGGAACAGAAGAGUUUGCUUUGGAUCAUCUCCAUCAUGUCAAAAGUCAUCCAGAAGAAGAACCACUGGAUCGCCAAGGUGAGCGAGUGCGCGGUGGUUCGGGACGCCGGUGGGGAGCUGAACUUGGAGCUGCGCGGCGGCGCGGAGAACGGAGAGUUUGCGUACGUCGGCCAAAUAAGGGAGGAUGCUGUGGUUUUUCAGGACGGGAAAGUGUGCGAGGGAGAGCUGCUGCUGGAAGUGGAGGGGCUGUCUGUGUCUGGAUUACCACUUUAUGACAUCUUCACUGUGAUCAACUGCUGCAAAGGUCCCGUCAAGUUAAAAACUGUCCGUCAAGGUCACAAACUCAACAAGGACCUAAAACACUUCCUGAGUUUGAGGUUCCAGAAGUCAUCGCCUGACCACGAACUGCAGAAGACCAUCAGAGCCAAUUUGUAUCGUCAUGCUGUGCCUUGUACAACCCGCGCCCCUCGAGACGGCGAGGUCCCGGGGGUGGAUUACAACUUCCUGUCUGUGGACGAUUUCCUACAGCUCGAAGAGAGUGGCACACUUCUGGAAAUAGGAACGUACGAAGGUAACUAUUAUGGGACCCCAAAGCCUCCAAGGCAGCCCAUCAUUGGGACAGUGACUCUCAGUGAUGCAGGCUCCCAUCAGUCCACACCAAAGCGCACCAAGUCCUACAAUGACAUGCAAAACGUCCGCGUAGUGCCUGCUGACGACGACGAUGACGACCAGGCCACGGAAAUGAACAACAGUUUUACAGGAUCUUUAGUGCGUAGCCUCUUCCCCUCUCCUUUGUUGUGCGCAGGUAACCCUAACGACCAGGACGAGAGCCGUAGCAGCAUCCUUCGGCCAUAUCCUGCACGUGACAAUGCUAUACCGUGUGGUCUGAACAAUGCAACUGCCUCUACUGUUGAAAGCGGGCAGCAAACACUCGCAGAGCCACAGGUCUCUCCAGAUGACCCUCUUGGACCAUUGCCUGAGAACUGGGAGAUGGCCUACACCGAGAACGGGGAGCUGUACUUCAUAGACCACAACACAAAGACCACAUCAUGGCUGGAUCCCCGGUGUAGAGACAAAGCCUUCAGGCCUUUGGAGGAGUGUGAUGAUGAUGAAGAAGGGAUACAUACAGAAGACCUGGAAACUGAUCUAGAGCUGCCUCCAGGAUGGGAGAGAAUAGAUGACCCUGUGUAUGGGGUGUACUAUGUAGAUCACAUAAACAGGAAGACCCAGUAUGAAAACCCAGUGGUGGAGGCGCGGCGUCAAAAACUCUUGGAGCAGCAGCAACAGCCGCAGCCUCCAGAAGGUGAGCGGUAUAUUCGAGAGUGGAUAGAGGAACACUCAGCAGCAGCAGCUCCAUUAGCAAAUUAUGCUCCGAAUCACCUGGAGACCUACAGAGACCCACAAGUCCCUCCGGCACUACCUCCCGGCCCUGCGGUUAUCAAAAGAGGCAAACCUUUCUUCACAAGAAACCCAGCAGAGCUGAAAGGAACCUUCAUCAACACAAAGCUGAAGAAAAGUCACCGCGGCUUCGGCUUUACCGUGGUCGGUGGUGACGAGCCCGACGAGUUCCUACAAAUCAAAAGUCUGGUGCUGGAUGGGCCUGCUGCUGUAGACGGCAAGAUGGAAACAGGUGAUGUGAUUGUCAGUGUGAAUGAUACUAUUGUGCUGGGCUACACCCAUGCUCAGGUGGUGAAGAUCUUCCAGUCCAUCCCCAUUGGCUCCAUGGUGGACCUGGCCUUAUGCCGUGGCUACCCACUGCCCUUUGACCCUGAUGAUCCUAACACUAGCCUGGUAACCUCAGUGGCAAUUUUAGACAAGGAACCGAUCAUCGUCAAUGGACAAGAGUCAUUUGACGCUCCUCCUAACCAAACCGGACCUCUUAAUGGCCUGCGUGAGCCACGGCCGCUCAGCCCUUCAGCUGAGGUCACGUCUAAUGGCUCCCACGCAUACUCCAGUGAUGUGGUUACGCUGGCCUCAUCAAUAGCCACCCAGCCCGAGCUGAUCACCAUCCACAUGGAGAAGGGGGACAAGGGUUUUGGUUUCACCAUCGCUGACAGCCUCACUGGAGGAGGGCAGAGGGUAAAGCAGAUAGUGGACUAUCCACGGUGCCGUGGCCUGAAAGAAGGGGACAUUCUAAUGGAGGUCAACAAAAGGAAUGUUCAGAACAUGAGUCACAAUCAGGUGGUGGAUCUGCUGAGCAAAUGUCCGAGAGGCAGCGAGGUCACUAUGUUGGUGCAAAGAGGAGUGGUGCCAGCCAAGAGGAGCCCGAAGCUGGUGCACCAGUUGGAGAGAAAAGACAGCCAGAGCAGCUCCCAGCACAGUGUGUGCAGCCAUCGCAGCACCCACACUGAUUCCCCAAGCCACCCUCCUUCUAACAUGCCCAGUGAGGCGGUGGUUCCCACCCCUGCUGCUCCCACCCAGCCCUUGCCAGUCUUGCCUCCCCAGGACACCACAGAUGGCACUCUCACCCUCCAGAAGAAGCCAGAUCCCUUUAAGAUCUGGGCACAGUCCAGGAGCAUGUAUGAAAGUCGACUGCCAGAUUGCCAGGAGCAGGACAUUUUCCUGUGGCGGAAGGAUACAGGUUUUGGGUUUCGCAUACUGGGAGGAAAUGAGCCUGGGGAGCCUAUAUACAUUGGGCACAUUGUGAAGUAUGGGGCCGCCGACGAAGAUGGCCGCCUGCGGUCGGGUGAUGAGCUCGUAUGUGUGGACGGCACAGCAGUGGUGGGCAAGUCUCACCAGCUGGUGGUGCAGCUGAUGCAGCAGGCUGCCAAACAGGGCCAUGUCAACCUCACGGUCAGACGCAAGACUCCCGGAUACGGAGUGUCAAAAGGGGAAGGUGACGUGCCUCCAUCUCCAGCCUCCUCCCACCACAGCAGCACCCAGGCCCCCAGCCUGACAGAAGGAAAGCGAACCCCUCAGGGGAGCCAGAACUCACUCAACACUGUCAGCUCUGGCAGUGGAUCCACCAGCGGCAUUGGCAGUGGUGGCGGAGGAGGCAGCGGGAGUGCGGUGGUGCCAGCCUCGCUGCAGCCUUACGACGUGGAGAUUCAGCGAGGAGAGAAUGAGGGGUUUGGGUUUGUCAUCGUGUCGUCUGUUUCCAGGCCUGAUGCUGGCACGACUUUUGCCGGGAAUGCUUGCGUGGCCAUGCCCCACAAAAUAGGACGGAUCAUCGAAGGCAGCCCGGCGGAUCGCUGUGGGAAGCUGAAAGUGGGAGACCGAAUUCUGGCCGUUAACUGCUGCUCCAUCACCAACAAGUCACACUCGGACAUCGUCAACCUGAUCAAAGAAGCUGGGAACACAGUCUCACUCAGGAUCAUCCCAGGUGAUGAAUCUUCCAAUGCUUCUCUGCUGACUAAUGCUGAGAAGAUAGCUACCAUCACCACGACACACACACCUCAUGCCACAGAGUCCCGGAAUAAUUCAAAGUCAAAAGGAGCUCCUCCUCCACCUCCAUCACAAUCUCAAACACAGGAUGCAGAGUUCUACUCUGUGGACCUGGAGAGAGACAGUAAAGGCUUCGGCUUCAGCUUGAGAGGAGGACGGGAGUACAACAUGGACCUCUAUGUGUUGAGACUAGCAGAGGAUGGAGCUGCUGUCAGAAAUGGCAAGAUGAGGGUGGGAGAUGAGAUUCUGGAGAUAAAUGGCGAGAGCACAAAGAACAUGAAGCAUUCGAGGGCCAUUGAGCUGAUCAAGAACGGAGGUCGAAGGGCACGCCUCGUCCUGAAAAGAGGCGAUGGAUCUGUACCUGAAUAUGACGGCAGCAGUGACGGGCACCCUCCCACACCCAGGGCACAAAACACUCCGGAAGUGAGAAUGUUGCCCCAUAACAGCCGAUAUCACACCUCAUUGGAGUCCAGUUAUCCACCAGACCUUCACAAAACAUCACGCCUGGAGGAGGCUGCACGUGGCCGUGGUAUGGAGAAGAACAGGGACAGGGCUGGGUCAGAUCAGAUGGAAUUCCAAUGCCGACAGUUUAACCCCCAUCAUCAUUACACCUGGAAUAAUAAUACCCACAGUCAAAGUACCCCCAGACAGCAGUCCCCCGACAACAGUAACGGCAGUAGCAACAGCAACAAGAAGAACAGAAGUCGUAAAGUCAAGAAGUCGGAAUCGGAGAGCGGCAUCUCUAAACUUCUAAAGACUCUGAGGAAGGACACCUCGGGCAAAAAGGCUGCAGCUGCCGAAAAACUACGAGGCAGAGAGCUCUCAAGCAGCAGUUCCACUUUGGACGGGAAGUUUCGUCGGCAGCGCCGUGGAUCCCUUGACCGCUCACCAACCAGAAAGCGCGUCUCGUCUCCAGAUCGUAGAAGGGCAAAAUCUAUGGACCGCAGAGCAGAGCGAGGGCAUCGGGACCAUACGCCUGAGAGAGAGCGUGAUGACGGAGGGUUCCUCUCAGUCACCCCUGAACGGAAGUUCUACGAGCGGAGGCUCCUUAAGGACUCACAGAUGGCUGGGCGAGUUAGUGAGGCUUCUACCCCUGAGCGCACCAACAACAGCGCAGAUUCCUUGCCUCGUUCCAGGGGCCGCACGUAUGAUAAAUCUGCAAAGAACGGCAACCUUCUGAGAGACUCUUCCUUUGAAAGGAGGGCGGAGAGACACUGCAUGAACGGGACGAUGGAAAGACGAUACAGAACGGAGCGGGACUCUUCCCCUGACAGCAACUACAGCCGGGACGAGUUGAACUAUGCAGCAACUCCUAGACCGAAGGACUACUGCAGCAUGAUAAAGAACAACGCUGCACACAACAAUGCUACCUACAACAACACAGGCCAUAAAACCAGUGCGGUAGGCCGCAGCUCAAACCAGAUCCCUGAACCCAAGCGAAGGCUGUACAGAGAAAGCCCUAAAGACCUCAGCAUCUAGAGCAGAGAUUCCCUCACUACUCUCUCCUCUACCUGUGCAAACGAUGUACAAUACACUGGAAUUGGAUUUCUGAUCAUACUAACUCUUAUUCUUUAUUUGAUCAAAUUGUUUAUUGAUUAAUUUGAUUGACUAAACUACUUGUAAUCCCAUCCAGAGAAGAAUUAAACAGCAGGAGUACAAUCCUUCUAUCAGUUUCUACUGGUUGUGUUGUCAUUGUUCUAGUUAUUUUGAACAUAACAGAGGUUGUUGUACUGUAGUAAAGGUAUUGUAUGUGCCUGCAUAUGAAAUCAGUGGUAUUGCUUUUUUGUAAGCAUUGCUAACUCUUUGUUCCCCCAGAGGUAUGAAAACUGCUUCCCUUUGUGCUCAUUUCUAAUUAAUGAUUUUGUUCCAAACUUGUUUUAAAUGUCUGUUUCACUUUUCAGUGACUGUGGAGCAGUAGGGAAAAAAAUCCUGAAAUUCGAGCAAAUAUCCAAAUUUAAGCUCAGAUGCUAAAACUAGAGUUAAAUUAUAAGAAUUACUAAUAUAUGAGUUACUGAAUUAGCUUUUUAUUUAUUUGAAAUUUUACAUAUUUUGAGUAAUUCAUUGAGGAAGUUUAAGCAUGCUGUACCCUUAACUUGUGUUGCAUCGAAGUGUGUGACGGCUCACACCUUUUGCUUGAAUAUCAGAGUAAAAAUCAGAAAAGUGAGGUGAAAGCUGGCAUUUUGUGUAUCCUUUUUUGUGCUGAUGCAGCACACAAAUGAAUGACGUACUUCUACUUACAAGGAAAACAACUGUUCUCUUGUGGUGGAAAAAUAGUGGUGACAUUAAUUUGUUGCUCAUCAAAAUUUCUGUUGAAUAAUUUAGAUUAGUUUGAAUUUUGCCAUAAUACCAGCCGAAGCUGCCAUGAAGUAUGAUUGUGCAGAUUUGCCAAAAAAAAUUAUAAAAGGAAACAAAUAUGUAAAUUAUUCCUGUGCAAGAUGCAUGUGUAAAUUAAAAUGUAGUGUAACCACUUUAUCUGGUAGGCCUGAGAGAGAUGAAGGAACUCACCCUGUAAUCCCACAGUAUCCGGGGGCCUGACACACUAAGAGCCAAUGUGGUUUUGGUUGUGAUGGUAACGUAGUCCUGGUAGAGGAGACAACCGAUCUGCCAUGCUGAGCCACGCCGUCAUACCACUGGAGUCUGACUGCUGCUUUUUCAUGUGUUUGUGUGUUUUCUGUCCUGUUUUGUUUAAGAGCUAAUACUAUAUUUUGGGUUAAACCACAAUAAAUGCAUCGUUCCAUCCCUGUUCUCACUACGGUACUGUAAUAAAAAAGGUUAGAACUCAUAAACAUGUAAGAGGUCCCCCGAUGUAACUAUAGGAACAUGUCAAUGAUGAAAAUGUUGCCUUUUUCUUGCACAGAAGAGAAAUCUAUGAAGCCCCUCAUCAGAGGAAUGUGAUAUUAUGUUUAUAUCUCUGAAAUGGACCUGAUGAUUUAUGGUAAUAUGUUGAUUUACUCUGGAUCAGGUAUGUAAAGACAUUUUAAAGUGAAAGACUGUAUUUGGUCAAUCAGAAACUGUUUGAUGGUUUGAAUCUCUCUAUGAUUAGCCUGCCUUUGUAUUAUAAAGCACUUGUAUGCAGUCUGUGUUCUUCAAGCAUUAUUUCUUGCAAUGUGCUCUGGACAUAAUGCUGUCUCUGUGUUGAUAAAAGCAGUACAUGUAUAUGGGCCAAUCUUUUUAUAUAACUAUGCAUAUAUAAAUACUACAUUGUUCAUAGCUUUAUUUGACCCAUGAAGUUUAACAUAACAUUAGUCAAAGUACAAGUUAGAUGUGGACUUUUCCAGCUUCUUUCCUUGAGACGGAUUACGAUGUAUAUGUAGCUAUCAAAAGAAGUCUGUGGAUGUUAUUUUUAUUAUCAAAUAAAGUUUUCCAUACAAAUUCAAAA